AUGGGCGACGAGGCGGCAGCGAAGCAGCUGAGGCGAGAUCACUGGGCUAAGUUCGUAACAUGAGAUCGGGCCGCUAAAAUUAGCACCACUUUUCGGCGAUGACGUCGUCGUCCGCAGCGUCCCUGCCGCAGCCCAGCGCCGGAGAGCCAGCGGCAGCCGGCGGCGGCGGUGGCACACUGCUCAUUUCCUUCGGCGUCCGUGCUCGUGACAACGUGCUCGUCGCUGUCCACUGCAACGCGUUCCGCAUAAUCGGGCAGCGGUGGUGGUGGUAGCAGGCACGCACACGUGCGCGUGUACUCAGUGUGUAACGACCACAUGCCCGAACGUCCCGUGUCGAGUGUCCGACCAGCAUCUUCCCGCGUGUCUCUGCCGCUGCUUCAGCAUCCGGACGAGUCGUCGACGCGCCUACUACGACAGCGGUGCUAGCGGUGUGCGCUGGGUGUAGGCUCCGAUGACGCGCGCUACCUGAUUCCACAGCGGCGCGGAUAUAACGAGUGACAGCGACGUGGUGUGCCUUGUCGACGACGGUGCGAAGACACACACAACAGCACCAUGGUGGUCCAGCAGGACGUCGAACCGCCGCCCUCGGCGGCCGAGGAGAAAGGCGAGAAGAAGCACAAGUUGAAGCAGCGCUUCCAGGUGAUUCGGAAGCUGGGACAGGGGACUUAUGGCAAGGUGCAACUGGCCAUUAACCGGGCGACAAACCAGGAGGUGGCGAUCAAGACCAUCAAGAAGUCCAAAAUAGAGACGGAACAGGAUUCUCUACGGAUCAGGAGGGAGAUCCAGAUCAUGUCCUCCAUACAGCACCCUUACAUCAUCCACAUAUACGAAGUAUUUGAAAACAAGGACAAGAUCGUGCUGGUGAUGCAGUACGCCAGCGGCGGCGAGCUGUACGACUACGUCAGCGAACGCAAAGAGCUCACCUCCGAGGAGGCGCGCCGGAUAUUCCGCCAGGUGGCGUCUGCAGUCUACUACUGCCACAAGAACAAGAUCUGCCACCGCGACCUGAAGCUCGAGAACAUCCUGCUGGACGAGAAAGGCAACGCCAAGAUCGCCGACUUUGGCCUGUCCAACGUGUACGACGAGCGGCAUUUUCUCAGCACCUUCUGCGGGUCCCCGCUCUACGCAUCGCCGGAGAUCGUCAAGGGGACGCCCUACUACGGACCCGAGGUGGACUGCUGGAGUCUGGGCGUUCUCCUCUACACGCUGGUGUACGGCGCCAUGCCCUUCGACGGCAGCAACUUCAAGCGGCUCGUGCGCCAGAUCUCCGAGGCGGACUACUACGAACCCAAGCGGAAGUCUGACGCGUCGGGGCUGAUCCGUCGCCUGCUGACCGUGGACCCCGCCAAGCGAGCGACGGUCAUCGACAUUUGCCAGGACCGCUGGGUGAACCAGGGCUUCGACCAUUCCUUGCUGCAGCUUGCCGAAGACAUGUCCAACCUGACGCCCGUGCGGCUGGAUCUGCUGCUGGCGCUGGCGCCGGCCUCGCCGACGCCCGAAGAAGUGGCGUUCGACAAGGCGGCAAACCCGCCGGACGGCGCAGAGAAGAGCGACAGCUUCGACUUCCAGCCGGCGGUGGUGGCGGCGGCCGAGCAGGAGGAGGACGCGCUCAAGAACGACGACUCGGCCGACUUCAUACCGGCCGCGCUGGCGGCCGAGCUCGAGAGCCAGAACAUCAAGCGCCAGUGCUCCACCGACGGCAGCCUGAUGAGGAUGUCGAGCGUCUCGCACAAGAACAAGAAGGUGCGGACGUCCGACUCCUCGAGAAAGUCCAGCGUCGGGCUCCUGGGAGGACCGUUCGUGCACGACGACGAGUUCGACGACGAGCAGCCGGAGAAGCCUAAGAGCGAGAUUCUCGACGAAUCCGGUACGAAGGAGAACGACGCAGCGACGCCGACUCGACAGGACGGCGCGGUCGUCCAGGAAGCCGCGGAAGCCCCCGUAAGCGUGGAGAGACCGAUGGAGCAGGGAGAAACGACGGCCAACAGCGAAGCAGCCCCGAAACACGAGGAACAGCCACCCCGAAAGGAUGAAGCGGAGAAGCCAGCCGCGCAGGCCGACGCGGCGCCCAAGGACGUGACGACGCCGGCGGAAGCGAACGCUGCUGCCCCCUCUGGGACAACAGCCGAGACCGCCGCCGAGGAGCAGCCGCCAUCAGUGCCGCCGGUGCUGGCGCGACGCGGCUCGGGAGUGCGCUGCCCCGGCAAGAUAGUCAUUCCGAAGUGCCUGAGCUCGCAAGCGUCGCCGGCGACGAAUUCGGCGUCUCCAAAGUUCAAGGACACCAAGAAGCCGCCACUCCCGCAGACGCCGAAGUCGGCCGCCGUUGAACCGCCCAGUCUGGUCACUCCGGAACCGACUGCUGCUGCGGCGGAAGAGCCCGCCGCACCGGAGAGAGUGGGACACAAGAGAGUCAUUCCCGUGCCCAAACGACCCAAGUGUAAGAGUCCGCUGAGCGCCAGCCCCAGGGAAAGGGAGGACACCGCGUUCCCCGCAGCCGUGAGUGAAGCUCAGUCCGACAAGUCGCCGUCCGUGGAGAGGAAGCGAGACGCGGCAGCGCCAGCUUCCAGGGGCAUCCUGCGCAGAAGCACGUCGAAGCCGCAGCGCGAGCUGUCCACUGAAGAAGGCAGUAAGGAACCGGAAGUAGAUAACGUUCUCCAGAGCACGGCGGAGAUCGUACUCAGUAGCCGAAAGAAAGCCGAAGAAGAGCAGAAGCAGUCCUCGGCUCUGUGGGACAACGCGACUCCGGGCACGCCGGAAGAGGAAAUUCCCGAACCGGACGCCCCGCCGAGGAGACCUUCUCCCGAAGGUUCCUCCGCGGACGAGCAUGCCAAGCUGGCCGCUGACUCGCCCGUGCGCAGCUACAAGAAGUUUACCUUCGGCAAGGACGGCACGUGCAUCACGGAGAGCGGCCGCGUCUACGCGCAGCCAAAGUCGGACGGCUCGUGGACGACGGUGGAGAAGAAGACCAAGAUCACGCGCAGGCCGAGCAACGCGACCAGCGUGGACGAAGAGGUCGUGCGCACACCGGGCCCGCCGCCGCCCAAGGACGAACUGACAGUGCCGCGGUCUGCCAGCGGCAGCUCGUCCGAGUCGACCGACAUCUUUAACGACAUGUUCCCUGACUGGCGCACCUCGAGUCCGUUCGGUAACCUCAUGCGAAUGAAGAGCUCGAUCAAGAAGCUGAAUAAGGGUUCUCUGUUUCGCGGCGCGGACCCGUUUACCGGCAUUGAGACGUUCCGACGAGAGCGGACGCCCGAGAAGCGGGCCCGCGAGUGGGGCAGACGCGGUGGCGGUCAGGUUACGACGUCGACCGACAGGGACUCCUCGGACGAAGACGACUUCGACCUGCACUUCGACAACUCGCACCCGCAAGCUCUGUUCCAGUUCAUGCGCAACAUGAGCCGCGACUUCCGCAACCACUGGAAGAGCUUCCUGCCUGCGUCUUCCUCUCCAUUCUCGAGGUCCGCCAAGGAGCCGUCCUCGCAGUCCUCUCGACCCCAGAGAGAGACCCUGCUGCGGUUCGUGGUCGACAAGCCAUCGAAGGCGACCGGAAGCGAGCCCGGAACACCGCACGCCCGCGCCAUGGGCGGAGAUCCCUUCUCCAAGCGGUCGUCGGGAGUCUGGGACCCCGUCGAUAGGGCGUCGCUCUUCGGCACGCUGCGCAGGAACAGGUUGCAGGACCUGCCCGGACGUCACCACGGCGACCGCGGCACGUCGCUGGAGCGCGGCGCUGGCAACCCUGACUUCUGGGGCGUCCACCAGGACCCCGAAGGAACCCGACACCGAGUCGAAAAGUGGCUGCACCUGUCCAACGACAACGCCGAUCCGCAGCAGUCGCGCGGCGACGAAGGUACCCCGCGGUGUCAACAAAAGUACAACCGCUCGCAGAGCGACAAGUUCAACCUGGGCGAGGAAAGCCGACCCGUCUACCAGAGCGAGAUCAGCGUCGAGAGCAACAGGACGGCUCCGCCGGGCGCGCCGUGCAGCCGGUCCCUGAGCGUCAACGAGCGCGGUGGCGGCCGCAGACCCCUGGUCCGGAUGCAGGUGUCGAUCAAUAACCGGAGCAGCAACCCGAACGCGCACAUCGUCAUCACCACGCCGCCGACCACGGCACGCACCGAGUGUGGGCUCUGGCCGCAGGACGACUCGGUGCGUCGCGACGAGGGCGACUGUCCGGGUGCCGACUCUUCGCUUCUGGAAGCGCUACAGACGCGCGGACUCCGAAGCCUGCUGUCGCAGCGUAGCGGCUCCCUGGCGCGCGAACUGAGCCCGAGGCGGGGCGGCGGCGAGCCCCCGGACCGCCCAGCGCAGGCCGAGCGAGGUAAGCCUGCGGCCGGAUCGAGCCUUGCCCCGCCCGAGACACCUGCAUGCUGCAUGGACACUAACUCUCCUAAGGAGACCGCGCCGCCCAGCACGCAACAGCGGCCCAAAAUCAUCCCCAUUUCGGUAGAGCGGAGGACGAGCGACGCCAGCGUGCCCAGCCCCGGCUCGCGCAGCCCGGGAGAAGAGAGCGUCCAGGAGCGGAUCCACAGGAAGAGCUUCUACCCGCGGUUCCACGACGACCCCAGGGCGGCUGCCAGGCGCCGCUCCGCGCUUUGGGACACCGAGUACUCGGGCCUCUGGAGCCAGGAGCUGAGAGACCGGGACGAUGCAGCGCUCCUGAGGAAGUCUCGAAGCCUGUGGGACAACCACGUCCGCGAGCCUAGAAGUCGGUCUGUCGCGCGAAACGUGGGGGCCCCGCUGUCGGUCGCGCCUCAGCAAGCUAGCCGGCACGGCCACUUGUGGGACCUCAGUUUCGACGACGACGCCACUGGCAUUCCAGGCUCUAGCGGAAACGGCAGCAACCACCGCUGUAACAGGAUGGAGUCCAAGGACUAUGAUAGCCUCGAAAGUGAUGGGCCUCCGUCUUAGGAACUUGAGCAUGGUGUGUGUUUAUUUAAUUGGUGGGGGCUGCUCCCGCAUAGUGUCGCAUGGCGUUGCGCGGCGCACGUGGCAAUGCAAGCUGCUCACAGAAGCGCUAGUCUUUUUUCUUCUUCCCUGCUCUCCUCUUGGACCGACAUUCAGUCUGUGCACGCAGUUUUCAGCAUACUGUGGCUGGGAACCAAUGCUGGACCAUGUAAUGGCCGCUAGCUGCUGUCACUGGAGCUCAAUGCACCAGGUCCAAGAGGGCUCCCUUGAAAUUUAGGGAAAGCGAACAAAAUAGUUCUGUUUUUGUACCAAAGCAAUGUGUGAGGGCGAAAAGCGACGCAUUUAGAGCUUGCACAUAGAAAUUACGUAUAGCCCCAGGGUGAAUAUGUGCUCCCAGCCUCCGUGUCAUAAUAUGCUGAUGUGGCGUGCACUGUUGGUACGCCCUAACACAGUCAUGUUUUGUUUUUUUGUUUUUUCAAUCAGUGGCAUGCUGGUCAUUUAUGAGAAAUAUUUCAUACGAAUGGCAUUCUGCACUGGCUCGGAAGUGAGCAGAAAUACUUUUCUUUUGUACUUUGGUAUCACAAUGCUUCAUUUCUGCCAUCAACAAAGUUGUCGUAAUGUGGUGUUGAGUCUUUUUUUUUUUUUUUCUGAUGAGUGGUGAUGUGCAUGGUUACAGUGCUUUCAUGCAGUGUGCAAGCUUUUAUUAGGUUAUGCACUGUCGUUAAUUUACACAGAAGCAAACAACCACUUACAUUGCAUACAUAUCUGCUUUCUUGCCCUCAAUGUUUCUAAUGCUCAAACUCUCAUUUCAGUCACCGAGCCCCUAAAUGCAUAUCUGAUUUGCAGUUUCUUGAAGCUCAUUUAUACCCAUUUUGGGCUUUGCACCUGUAGUGCAGAUAUUUUUCGUAUGCUUUUUCAUAAGCAUGGCGACAAUAGAGCACAUACUAUUUUCUCAGACCAUUUUUGAGAAGACUCAGAACUUCAGGCUACAGCAUCAGUCAGAAAUAUUAGGGCGGAAAGCAGUGUUUUGUUAGGUUAAGUACGGAUAGUAUUUAACACACCUACGACUAGGAGCUCUUAUGAAGGUGACUAGUGUUAAAUAUUUUUGCGGCUAUGGCAAAGUCCUCAAAAUUUUUUAGGGCGAGCAUCAGUCGUAUAGGAAAUGCAUGCUGCGUCAUAACUUACUCGUGCUUUCAAAUUGCAAGUUUGCACUUGAGAUUUUGCUGUCUAGAUAAUAAACGAGAUGAAUUGUCGUUGAUAGUACUUUUGUAAUAUGAAUAUACAUUUGAGUUAUCCGCAGUACGCAACACACAACUUUAGCUAGUGAAGACGUCCAUCCACGAUAUAGCAAAGUCGUUCUUGCAACGAGAAACUUCGUUACAUCGCGAAUUUCGUUACGUCGAAGUUUCCGUGCAUCAGCCAUAAAAAAUCUCGUUGGUUGUUAGAACAGGCCUGGUUGAUAUCGUUUUGUAAGUGACCAUUUAUGAAGCGGACUUCGAAUAAACUCGACAUAUUGAUUAUGAAUUGAAAGGCGCCAGCGCGUGCGGCAAAGGUCACGUCGAGAGUUCCGGCGGACCGCGUCUACGUAGCCGCCGUCAGAUGGCGUCAGUGUGUGCACGUGUGUCAUUGUCAGUGUCACGGCAUAGUCACGAGCCGCCAACGCUGGUCUAUGUCAUUCACGGAGGAAGGAAAAACUAGAAGAGAGCGUUACGUGAUAAAUUGGAUGCCAUAAAGACGUAGGCACAGCACGUGAUCAUGUCGCGGUAGGUUUUAGCGUCUUCCAGCGGGGCGUGCUCAGCGCGCGCUCUACCGGGAAGACAACGGGGGCAGCAGCAACGUGUGACAGCACUACCUAUUCUCAAAGUUUGUUUACAUUGCUGAAUUUUUUUUCUUAUCGUAUAUUGAACGACCCGGUUCUUGGUCACUCACCCAGAGUGAGUAUGUGCCACUAACAUCUGGGCUCUACAUGUACCGUACGUUGCAUCGAAUGACCUAAGUUGCACAAGCAUAUAUUCGGAGGAAAAUAUGCACAGAGUGAGUGGCAAAGAACCCCCGAACGGGUGCGCAUCGAUUAAAACCUACCGGGAACCAACUACGCUGGGCCAAGGUUGCCGAGCUCAGGGUCACGUGUUGGGUUUAAAUUUUCGACGCAUAUUAAGAGAGAAAAUGUGAUGGUGACGGCUUGGGACGGAGAGUGGGCUUGUAAAUGUUGGCUGCGGGACGUCAUGCUUUUUUUCUCUCGUUUAUUUCCUUCCUCCGUGAUGUCAGUUUUUUUAUUCCUUUUUUUUUUUGCAUGGUAUAAUAAUUUGUGAGGGCCGUAUUUACUGAAGGGCUCCAUUUUACGAGCAUCCCUUUCAAAAUGGAUUAGUUGAGGGGACUUCGAGAUCGUUAUUUUUAUCGUUCUGGCCCUUAAGAUCCGUGCUUCUUGUUAAUGAUAGAUUCCUAAAUGUAUUGCUCUAAAGACAAACGUGAUUCCUUCAUUCUGAGUGUUCCCUGUACCUCUGCGCUACGAAUCUUCCAGCCGUCUUUUACUAUUACUCGCAGCAGAUUCAGCCACGUUUCCUCAAUUAUCUUCAAAGUCCAAGGUCGGGUAACUAUACGUCCUCAUUUACCUCUGGAUGAAUACUGUACCUUCGUUCUCGGCAAGACCGAGACAGCGUGCCCGUUCCGAUUUGGCGUAGCCGAGGCGCUCAAAGCUCGCUUGAGCUUGAGGUAUUCCUGUUCCGACGGUCCGCUAACGCGUUUGGGUAUUGAGCACUCUAGUAUUCUACAUUACUGGUUAAGAGCGUGUCCGACAGCACAAAUGGUGCUCGCCAAGCGCGGUUUUCGUAUACAGGCACAACAGAUGGCGCAGUGGUGCUUUCCGUCAUUAAUCCGUCCUGCGCCCGACGGCCGGUGUUUUUCGCCGCUCACCGGCGGCGCCGUUUGUACGCGAACGCGUGCAAGCGAAUCCUCUCGGGCGACUUUUUUCUUACUUGUCACCUAGGCCUCACGUACCUGUAUGCGUGUUCGUUAAAUCGAAAUUGUGAAAUAAAACUACGUCGCUGAAUCGCAGGAACAAAAUUUACGCGGUUUUCGAUUAAACUAACGUCGGGGCACUAUAACGUCGUUAUAUCGCGGAUUUCGUUAGAUCGAAAUUCGACUGCAGUGCAGAAAAAAAAAAAAUAUCUUCGUGAUGAUUGUGUUGGGGCUGGCACGCUCAUGCCAGCAGAUAAGUGAAGCACAGCUGAUCAUUGCAAUAAAUCUUCUGCCAACUUUAGUAGUUGAACGUAGCAUCACCAGAUGUGAUCACUAAUUGCAGAUGCACACUAUUAGUCCACACUUAUACCCACCAUGUUCGCAAUGCGAACUCUCGAUUAGGAAAUUGAAAUUUAUAGUUCACAAUAAAUGCACAAUGGAAGUUUCAAGGCCCUGUCUUCACCCUGCCACAGGAUAUCUGGGGCGCCCCUCGGGGAUUAAUGCAUCCCAUGGUUUGGGAAAUACUAGCAUAAGUAAAUCAUCAGCCCAUCACGCAACCUUGCUGUGAAGGAUUAAUCCAGAUGAACUUGGCGUGACUUCAAGGUUCUCUUUGCCAUGUUGAAUGUUGAUGCAUUUGCAGUUGUGUAGUGACCACCUGCUGUUUUUGAGCUGUUCUGGUACAGGGAAUAUUGUGCAACUCCCUAAGCUGUUCACUGUUGUCUCUUGUUUUUAUAGCAGAUAUUUUUUUAUGAAUGUACAACACCUGCUUGGAAAAUGCGGCAUUUUUGAUGAGCUGGUGUUAUUUAAACAAAAUUGCCCUGUAUGUUGUAAAUGAGCUUUGUUUGUUAGUGCUUACUAUGUCAAAGUUGUUUCCACGAAUAACUGUUACAAAUUUAGGUAUUGACUAGUGAAAAAUUAAAAAAAAAGCUUAAACGCCUCCAGCAAAGGUGUUUCUACUAACCCCUUUUUUUUUUUCUAAAAACAAAGGUUUCUGAGUGCACAGUGCUAUGAGAAAAUUUUCGCUUUACUUAGCUUGAAGCAAGAUAGGGCGUUCGAGAACAUGCACUUAGACCUUAUAAUGAAAUAUAACUAUUUCAGCUAGGUAACCAAAACACUCAGAACCUGUUAUAUACAACAUAUCAAAGCUUUACAACUGUUAAUGUUACUUGUUUAUCCUGAUCAUCAAUGUAAAACAUUGUGGAAUCGGUGUGUGACAAUCAGAUUGUGGUUUAUAAUGCAUGUUCUAAACUUUCCUUGUGUUGAAGCUGUUAGAUGACUGUGCAAUGCUGAAUUGCUAACAGGAAAGAGAUACUAGUUAUUUUAUUGGCAGCUUCCAAUUGAGAAUUCCAUGUUAACUCUCUUUUAUAACCAUCCCAAGUGCAAAUGAAGGUGCAAUGAAUUGUGUGAGAAACUUUCUUCCCAAUGAGUCUGAAGUAUUUGCUCGUGAAGUUCGCUAUUGAAACAGGGCAUUUUGUAAACAUGUGACUUGACAGUACUCUUCUUUGUGUGCACAUGCUUUCUGUGAACUUUUUUACACAUGAAGUGGGACUACUGAAAUGGUUAACAAAAAAAAAAAGGCAGUGUCAUCACUCAAACUAAAGAUUCCUCUCUUGCUGUUGAAAAAUAUGUCACAAUGUCGUAAUGCAUCUUGAGAUUACUACUAUACUACCUAUGGUGACCAAACAAUAUCUUGUAUCUUGACUCCUGUCUGCCUUUGUGCAACCAUUUCAGGAUCCCCUAAUAAGAGCAUCAGCACAGAGUUCUUUAUAGUGCAGACUGCUCUUACUUCGCUAUCCCUUAUGCUUGUAAUUUAUUUUGUGUCAAAGAAGACACUUUUCCUUGUUGCAAUAUUGAAAGCUCGUAAAUAUAAUGUCGCUAAGAAGCCCAGAGUUCAACACCAAGAAUGGGCACAGUGCUAUAUGAAAUAUGUUAAGGAAGUGUCUCUGUUCUUUUCUUGUUCAAACAAAUAUUAUUUUUGUUUGUUUGCUUUGCCUUAGCUUCCAUACACUAUAGUUCUAGUCAGAAAGCUGGAAUGUGAAAUGCAGCUUCAACAAGUUGCCACUGCACAUUACUGAAGCUAAGUUGCCCAGAUGAUUUUUUUUUUUUUUAAAUAGGGGUAACAACUCCUUGCGUAAGAGGAAGGUUGCGAUGGUUGUUGAAAAUGUGCUGCUUUAACGCGGCUGAACACGGAGCAAAAAUGUGGAGUGAUCCGUCCGGGCGCAAAUGUGCAGCCACUUACAGAAUGCGGUGUCGGUGAUGUGUUGUUUCCCCAGUGACAAUAAACAAAAAAAGAUGACAAGUA